AUGAAGAUUGUGCUCCAAAAAGUCAGUCGUGCUUCUGUUACAGUUGAUUCUCAAAUCGUGUCUGCCAUCAACACCGGCUUCAUGCUCCUGGUGGGUAUUUCCGUCGACGACGGUGACCAGGAUAUCGAGAAGCUUUCCAGAAAAGUGGUCUCACUGCGUGCUUUCGAUGACAACGAAGGCUACGGAUGGAAAAAAAACAUACGUGAAGUGAAUGGUCAGAUUUUGUCAAUUUCGCAGUUUACGCUGCUGGGACAGACGAAAAAGGGCACCAAGCCGGACUUCCACCAAGCCCAAAAGGGACAUUUGGCCAAGGAGCUCUACGACAAGUUUCUAGGCCUAUUGCGUCAAGAAUUGGGCCAGGAAAACGUCAAAGAUGGAGUUUUUGGUGCCAUGAUGAGUUGCGAGCUGGUCAACGAGGGACCAGUGACACUUAUUUUAGACACGAAGGAUUAG